AGGUCAGAGUAAAUUUUCAAACCACAAAGGAGAUUAAUGUAUUUGUUAGAAACCUCGGGAGCGAUCAGUGUAAUUUAUGAUAUAUUGUCAUGGAGAGAGAGAGAGAGAGAGUGAGAGAGGGAAACGGAAGAAUGAUGCCGCCGGAACUCGGAACUGCCAAGUGCCAACUGGCCAGUGGUCUAGCGGGGGAGUCGUAGCUCACUAGCUCUCACUCCUAUAAAUGAGACACAUCUCAGCGCUUCCGUCGCUCGCGGCGUCCUCUCUCGCUAUUGUCUCCCGCCCCUCUUCCUCUCUCUUCCCUAGUCCCGCCACCAACCGCCUCGUACGCUUCCACUUCCGCCUGAGAACGAUGGCGUCACACAUUGUUGGGUAUCCUCGCAUGGGGCCCAAGAGAGAGCUAAAGUUUUCUUUGGAAUCUUUCUGGGAUGGGAAGAGUAGUGCUGAGGAGCUGCAGAAGGUGGCAGCUGAUCUCAGGUCGUCUAUCUGGAAGCAAAUGGCCGAUGCUGGGAUCAAGUAUAUCCCAAGCAACACUUUCUCAUACUAUGAUCAAGUUCUAGACACCACAGCGAUGGUCGGGGCUGUUCCCCAUAGAUACGGUUGGAAUGGAGGUGAGAUUGGUUUUGAUGUCUACUUUUCCAUGGCGAGGGGAAAUGCUUCUGUUCCUGCUAUGGAAAUGACGAAGUGGUUUGAUACUAACUACCAUUACAUUGUCCCAGAAUUAGGACCAGAUGUGAAGUUUUCCUACGCAUCUCACAAGGCAGUGAAUGAAUUCAAGGAGGCCAAAGCCCUUGGAAUUGAAACCAUCCCGGUCCUUGUUGGUCCUGUGUCGUACUUGCUGUUAUCAAAACCGGCUAAGGGCAUUGAGAAGUCAUUUUCGCUUCUCUCUCUGGUUGAAAACAUUCUUCCAGUCUACAAGGAAGUUGUGGCGGAACUGAAGUCAGCUGGAGCUUCCUGGAUUCAGUUUGAUGAGCCCACUCUUGUGAUGGAUCUCGAGUCUCACAAAUUGCAGGCAUUUACUCAUGCCUACUCAGAGCUGGAGUCAUCGCUCUCUGGUUUGAAUGUUGUUAUCGAGACAUACUUUGCUGAUGUUCCCGUUGAGGCUUACAAAACACUUAUGGCGUUGAAGGGUGUUACUGGCUUCGGGUUUGAUUUGGUUCGCGGAACAAGGACCCUUGAUUUAAUUAAGAGUGGAUUUCCUUCAGGCAAGCACCUUUUUGCUGGAGUGGUUGAUGGAAGGAACAUUUGGGCAAAUGAUCUUGCGGCUUCUCUAAAUACCCUGCAGGCUCUUGAGGGCAUUGUGGGAAAAGAGAAGAUUGUUGUCUCAACCUCCUGUUCUCUCCUUCACACUGCCGUUGACUUAGUUUAUGAGACUAAGUUGGACAAAGAGAUUAAAUCCUGGCUUGCAUUUGCUGCACAGAAAGUAGAUGAAGUCAAUGCCUUGGCAAAUGCUUUGUCUGGUGAGAAAGAUGAGGCAUUCUUCUCUGCUAAUGCAGCAGCCCAUGCUUCUAGAAAGUCCUCUCCACAGGUGACAAAUGAGGCUGUUCAAAAGGCUGCCACUGCUUUAAUGGGCUCUGAUCACCGCCGAGCUACAAAUGUGAGUGCCAGGUUGGAUGCCCAACGGAAGAAGCUAAACCUUCCAAUUCUUCCAACCACGACCCUUGGAUCUUUCCCUCAAACAAUGGAGCUUAGAAAAGUCCGCCGUGAAUACAAGGCUAGGAAGAUCUCUGAGGAUGAGUAUGUUAAGGCCAUCGAGGAGGAAAUUAACAAAGUUGUCAAGCUCCAGGAAGAGCUUGACAUUGAUAUUCUGGUUCAUGGAGAGCCAGAGAGGAAUGACAUGGUUGAGUACUUUGGUGAGCAGUUGUCUGGUUUUGCCUUCACUGUUAAUGGGUGGGUCCAGUCUUAUGGUUCUCGCUGUGUGAAGCCACCAAUCAUCUACGGUGACGUGAGCCGUCCCGAGGCAAUGACUGUCUUCUGGUCCUCGAUGGCGCAGAGUAUGACUAGUCGCCCAAUGAAGGGAAUGCUUACUGGUCCUGUUACCAUUCUGAACUGGUCCUUUGUUAGAAAUGACCAACCCAGAUUUGAGACCUGCUAUCAGAUUGCUUUGGCCAUCAAGAAUGAGGUUGAAGAUCUUGAGAAGGCUGGAAUUAAUGUUAUUCAAAUUGACGAGGCUGCAUUAAGAGAAGGUUUGCCUCUUAGGAAGUCGGAGCAAGCUUUUUAUUUGGACUGGGCUGUUCACUCCUUCAGAAUCACCAACUGUGGUGUCAAAGACACUUCCCAGAUCCACACCCAUAUGUGCUACUCAAACUUCAAUGACAUCAUCCACUCAAUCAUAGACAUGGAUGCUGAUGUGAUCUCUAUAGAGAACUCAAGGUCGGACGAGAAGCUUCUUUCUGUCUUCCGCGAGGGAGUCAAGUAUGGUGCUGGAAUUGGCCCCGGUGUGUAUGACAUCCACUCACCGAGAAUCCCCUCUAUGGAAGAGAUUGCUGAUCGUGUCAAGAAAAUGCUUGCUGUCCUAGAGAGCAACAUUCUCUGGGUCAACCCCGACUGUGGCCUCAAGACAAGAAAAUACGGUGAAGUCAAGCCUGCUCUCAGUAACAUGGUUGCCGCUGCCAAGCUCCUCCGCACCCAGUUGGCCAGCACCAAUCCUGCGGAUAUUAAGCCAUCCUUCAAAGGCUGUAUGGAUAAAAUGAUAUAGAAAGUGACAGAUGAAAGGCAAUUACCAGUUUCUGUUU